AUGCCCGAGCAGCUCAGCGUCGCGGAGUUCCUGGCCGUCACCGUGGAGGACCUCAACUCCCCGGCUGGGGCCGCCGCCUUCGCCGCCAAGAUGCCCCGGUGCCGGGGGGCGGCGCUGGUGCGGGAGGAGAUGCUGGAGGGAGACCAGGCCAUCCUGCAGAGAAUAAAGAAGGCCGUGCGAGCCAUCCACAGCUCUGGCCUCGGCCACGUGGAGAACGAGGAGCACUACCGGGAGGCCGUGGAGUCCUUGGGCAACAGCCACCUGUCCCAGAACAGCCAUGAGCUGUCCACCGGCUUCCUGAACUUGGCCGUGUUCACCCGCGAGGUGGCCGCGCUCUUCAAGAACCUGGUCCAGAACAUGAACAACAUUGUCUCUUUCCCGCUGGACAGUCUGUUGAAGGGGCACCUGAGGGAUGGGCGACAGGAUUCCAAGAAACACCUGGAGAAGGCGUGGAAGGACUAUGAAGCCAAAAUGGCCAGGCUGGAGAAGGACAGAGACCGGGCCAGAGGGACAGCGGGAAGCCACGGGGAGGUGGCCCAGGACACGCAGAGGGAGCGGCGCCUCUUCCAGCUGCACAUGUGCGAGUAUCUGCUGAAAGCCGGGGAGAGCCAGAUGAAGCAAGGCCCCGACUUCCUGCAGAGCCUCAUCAAGUUCUUCCAUGCCCAGCACAACUUUUUCCAAGAUGGCUGGAAGGCUGCUCAGAGCCUGUCCCCCUUCAUCGAGAAGCUGGCAGCCUCGGUACAUGCGCUGCGCCAAGCCCAGGAGGAGGAGCUGCAGAAGCUGACCCAGCUCCGGGACUCCCUCCGAGGGACGCUGCAGCUUGAGAACAGAGAGGACCACAUGAGCCGGAAGAACUCGGGAGGUGGCUACAGCAUCCACCAGCACCAAGGCAACAAGCAGUUUGGGACGGAGAAGGUGGGCUUUCUGUACAAGAAGAGUGAUGGAAUUCGAAGAGUCUGGCAGAAAAGGAAGUGUGGAGUCAAGUAUGGCUGCCUGACCAUCUCACACAGCAUGAUAAACCGGCCCCCCGUGAAGCUGACCCUGCUGACCUGCCAAGUGAGGCCAAACCCCGAGGAGAAGAAGUGCUUUGACCUGGUGACCCACAACAGGACGUACCACUUCCAGGCGGAGGACGAGCAUGAGUGUGAGGCGUGGGUGUCGGUGCUGCAGAACAGCAAGGACGAAGCUCUGAGCAGUGCCUUCCAAGGGGAGCCCAGUGGCCUCCUGGGGCCCUGGACGGGCGCCGGGCUGGACGGGGAGCUCCAGGACCUCACCAAGCUGCUCAUCGCGGAGGUGAAGAGCAGGCCCGGCAACGGCCAGUGCUGCGACUGCGGGGCUGCAGACCCCACGUGGCUCAGCACCAACCUGGGCGUGCUCACCUGCAUCCAGUGUUCCGGCGUCCACCGCGAGCUGGGCGUGCGCUUCUCGCGAAUCCAGUCCCUCACCUUGGACCUGCUGUGCCCCUCGGAGCUGUUGCUGGCCUUGAACAUCGGAAACUCGCGCUUCAAUGAAGUCAUGGAGGCCCAGCUGCCCUCACACGGCGGCCCUAAACCCUCAGCGGACAGUGACAUGAGUGCCCGCAGGGACUACAUCGUGGCCAAGUACAUGGAGCACAGGUUCGCCCGGCGGUCCACGCCCGAGCCUCAGAGGCUCUGGAUGGCCAUCUGCAACCAGGACCUCCUGUCCGUGCUGGAGGCCUUCGCGAACGGGCAGGACUUCGGGCAGCUGCUGCCAGGGCCUGAGGGCCAGGCACCUGGAGAGCUCGCCCUGCACUUGGCUGUCAGAGUCGCCAACCAGGCCUCGCUGCCCCUGGUGGAUUUCAUCAUCCAGAAUGGCGGUCACCUGGAUGCCAAGGCUGCUGAUGGGAACAGUGCCCUGCACUACGCUGCUCUCUACAACCAACCUGACUGCCUCAAGCUGCUGCUGAAAGGGAGAGCUUCUGUUGGCCCAGUGAACGAAGAAGGAGAAACAGCUCUGGACAUAGCCAGGAAGAAGCAGCACAAGGAGUGUGAGGAGCUGCUGGAACAGGCCAAGGCGGGGACCCUGGCCUUCCCCCUGCAUGUGCACUACUCCUGGGGAAUCUCCGCAGAGCCCGGCUCUGACAGCGAGGAGGAGGAAGAGGAGAAGCAGCACUGUCCCCUGAAGCCCCCGGCCCAGGGCCACUGGGCCAGUGGGAGGAUGGACAUCAGCAACAAGACCUACGAGACUGUCACCAACCUGGGGUCAGCUGCCCCUCAGAGCCAGAGUGAGGACUGCCCCCCACCCUUACCCGUCAAAAACCCUUCUCGGACCGUGGUCCAAGGCCGUGCGGGACAUGCCAGUGGAGAUCAUUCCGAAGUCCCCAGCCUCGGCUCAGAAGCUCCUGGGGCCCCCGAGAGCCAAAACAGUCCAACGUCCUCCUCCUCUAGCCUUACAAGCCCCGUGGAACCUGGGGGUGCUAACCAAACCCCACCCAGCUCCGAAGAGGCUCUCUUGGAGUUCCCAGGCACCUCCCGACCCAGCCUGACAUCCGGAAACACACCCCCCGUCCGAUUCAGCUCCGAGAGCACCCGUUCCUACCGGCGGGGGGCAUCAGAACCCGGAAGACUGUCCCUCAGCCAGGCAGCCUCCACCCAGAAGGAACAUGCCGGUUGGCUUCACUGA